AUGCUGGGAAUUUUCAAGGAUGACCCCGAGCUCCGCGCACACGAAUCCCAGAUCAUGCGCCGCGUGAAUGCCUUCCGCGGCUGGAAGGAGCAGUUCCGGAAGGCUGAAGGUGGCAUCGAGGCCUUCGCAGAGGGCUACAAGGUCUUUGGAUUCCAAAGGCACGAAGCGGAGAAGAAGUGGAUUUUUACUGAGUGGUUGCCCGCCGCGAAGAGAGUCUUCCUCGUUGGAGACUUCAAUGGCUGGGAGAAGACGCAUCCUCUCACAAGAGGCGAGUUCGGGCGCUGGAGCAUCGAGCUGGCCGACCGUAGGGAUGGACUCCGAGUGGAAGCCGACUGCGGCACCUUCGACCGUGUGCCGGCAUGGGCGAAGUUUGCAGAGAAGACAGCACUGAACGUCUACAACGGCGUCAUGUGGGAGCCGCCUCCCAUUGAGCGCUAUGUGAUGCGCCACGCAAGGCCACCUCGCCCCCGUAGCCUGAAGAUCUACGAGCUGCGUGUGGCAAGCGCUUCAUGCACGUACUUGGAGUUCAAGGCCUUCCUUCCCCGGAUCAAGAGCUUGGGCUACAACGCCCUCCAGUUCCUGGACGUGGCGGAGCACUCGGAGAGCCGGGUCCUUGGCCGACACGUGACCAGCUUCUUCGCGGCCUCCAGCCGCUGCGGAACUCCCGAUGAGCUCAAGGAGACUCCACGACCGACUGCGAGAGUAUCACGGGAGAGACGGCUAUGUGAGCAGAAGCUUGACAGAUUGAACGCUUUGCUAUGCUUUGCUAUGCUUUGCUCCUCACUUUUGCUCUGA